AUGUCAUCCGCCGUUGUGCACAGCGACGACCUCAUGGAGCCCACGCUCCAGUCGGUGGUGAACCAAAAGACCUUGCGUUGGAUCUUUGUUGGCGGCAAAGGAGGUGUCGGCAAGACUACGACUUCCUGCUCUCUUGCAAUUCAGCUUGCCAAAGUUCGCAAAUCCGUCCUUCUCAUCUCCACCGAUCCCGCACACAACCUUAGCGAUGCUUUCGGUCAGAAGUUUGGAAAGGAGGCCCGACUGGUCGAUGGAUACACGAACCUGAGCGCUAUGGAGAUCGACCCUAACGGAAGUAUUCAAGAUCUCCUGGCUAGUGGUGAAGGCCAAGGCGACGACCCUCUGUCUGGUAUGGGCGUUGGUGGAAUGAUGCAGGACCUUGCGUUCAGUAUCCCCGGUGUUGAUGAAGCUAUGUCCUUUGCCGAAGUCCUGAAGCAGGUCAAGUCGCUGUCCUACGAAGUUAUUGUGUUUGACACUGCGCCGACCGGUCACACUCUCCGCUUCCUCCAAUUCCCCACUGUCUUAGAGAAGGCUCUCGCCAAGCUGUCGCAGCUGUCGUCUCAGUUCGGUCCCAUGCUGAACUCGAUCCUUGGUUCCCGUGGUGGUCUGCCUGGCGGUCAAAACAUUGAUGAAUUGUUGCAGAAGAUGGAGUCGCUGAGGGAGACAAUCAGCGAGGUUAACUCGCAGUUCAAGGACGCCGAUCUGACUACCUUCGUCUGUGUCUGCAUUGCGGAAUUCCUGUCCCUCUACGAAACCGAGCGCAUGAUCCAGGAGCUCACAAGCUAUAACAUCGAUACCCAUGCCAUUGUGGUCAACCAGCUCCUGUUCCCCAAGCAAAGCAGCGAGUGCGAGCAAUGUAAUGCACGGAGGAAGAUGCAGAAGAAGUACUUGGAGCAGAUUGAAGAGUUAUAUGAAGACUUCAACGUGGUUAGAAUGCCAUUGCUGGUUGAGGAAGUUAGAGGCAAGGAGAAGCUUGAGAAAUUCAGCGACAUGCUUGUGAACCCGUAUGUUCCCCCGGAGGGCAACUGA